AAAAAAAAAAAAAAGGGAACAAGCGACGCAAAACAGAAAACAUUUGUCUUGGCAGAAAGCGAAGGAUGGAAACGGACUCGGAACCCCAAAAACGAGGCGUUUAAGUCGGCGGAGAAGGGAAAAAGAAAGAAGCGCAACACCUCCAGCUUCGGGAGAAAAGUGCCGUUGUGUCAAAACCUCGCUUUGUACAGCGAGCAACUUGGGACAGCUGCGUGUUUCCAACCAUCAACAAAGAAUGAAAGCAUUCAAACGAGCUCUGGAAGAGGAGCAUCGCCCGGAGCAGGAGAACUCCUCGGCUGUGUCGGACAGCGACGACGGCUCCCCGCUCGACCUGUCAGGAAGGGGGCUCUUUGGGAAACGCCGUCGCCGCGGCAACCUGCCUAAGGAGGCGGUGCAGAUUCUCCGGUGCUGGCUGUACGAGCACCGCUUCAACGCUUACCCGUCAGAGCAGGAGAAACUCAGUCUGUCGGGCCAGACCAACCUCUCUGUGCUGCAGAUAUGUAACUGGUUCAUCAACGCACGUCGCCGCCUCCUCCCCGACCUGCUUCGCAAGGACGGCAAAGAUCCCACAAAGUUCACCAUCUCCCGCAAGGUCGGCGGUAAAAGCGAAGGCCACUCAACUAACGGAGGCGGAGCCAGCUCUCCAGAAAGCAGCUCUUCCACCGGCUCGUCUCAACAACGGCCCUCCGUCAUCCGCUCCGCACCGACACUGGACCUCAGUCUCCUCGGGAGCACAGCGACGGCUAUUCUGACAGGAGCAGGCUACCCUGGUAAGGAGGGGUCGGUCCAGGCGCUGAUGAGGCUGGACACACAAAGUCUGCUGAGGGAAGCGGAGGAGCAGGGGGCUAGUAUGCUUUGUCUAACCAGCACAGCGAUGGCAGCUAGCCCCAACAGCGGCCUCUUCAACACGCCUCCACCGACUCCUCCCGAGCUGUUCCCCACCCAGGACUUUAGCGACCUGAGGCUCCUGGUGGAUGCGGCUCUGCAGAGGGCAGCGGAGCAGGAGAACCUGAAGAGGCUCCAGGAGAGCCAGAACAGACCUACAGAGAUGGAAAAGACUGAACUAGUGGAGGCAACGUGUAGUGCUUACAGCAGUGACAUGGGGCCCACACCGCCUCCAGAGGACAGCCAACAAGUCAUGGAUCCUUCCAGGGUGCAGAGCCUGAUGGAGAAGGCUAUGGCUGUUCCAGCGUCGACUGUGACUUCAGUAAAGGAUCCAGCGCCUCUGUCUUUAGCUGCCUCUGUACCGGUCCAAUCCCCAGUGUUGGCAUCAGCCCCGAGGCUUUCUCCUCUCCUGAUGAAUAAAGUCAUCUGGAGCCCCUUAGACGAAGAAACCGCCAGAGCCUCCAGCCCAAACCAGCCUCAGCUCAUCCCAGCCCAUCUGCCUACUGUAGUGCCGUUGUCUGCCUCAGUUUUGGGUCAGCAGAAUUCUCAGAAACCAGCUGCUGCUCCAGCCAUCACCCCAGCUUCAUCAUCUGCUCCACCCUCCAGCUCAGUUCCAGCUCCACUGCAGAUCUCUUUGCCAUCAGCGGUCCUUGUCCCAGCCACAAGUCCCACCUCUGUCACGGCUCCUAGCCAGGCUUCAUCCCACGCUGUAGCGCUUAUUCCAGCGUCCACGCCUCCACCCAUCACCUCUUUCACAGACCCCAGAGGAUUCCCACUUUACCUGCCAUUCCACAAGUCCCCCAUAAUCCCAGUCAGUGUUCCAUGUCCAUCCUCUGUUUCAACCGCACCGUCGUCUCCGGCCCCUGUUCAGAACCCAGUGUUUGCCCCCGCGCAAACUCCAUCUCCUCUGCCCGCUUCAGCCCAAAUAUCCUCCACGCCAACGAUUAAACCUCUUCUGGGCCUGGCUUCCUCCUCCUCCAUCACCACCACCAGCACCACCAGCAGCGGUAGCAGGAAUUCAGCUGUGGUGCCCAGUGUUUGGAGCAUGGUCCAUGCUGAUACCAGGCAACCCAGUUCUCUUCAAGGGGUAAAGACCCCCAUCACCACAGUGUGGGGCCCACAGCACAGCCUGCACACCGUGAGUGAAGCUGUUAACUAGGAGCCGGAAGUUGGCACCUUUUUUUUUUUUCUUCUUUUUUUUAUAAAUAUAUAUAUCUGGCAGGAGAGAAGCCAAACAUUCCUGUUGGCUGGACAACAACACUGUAUAUAGGAGAAUGUAUCUUCAUCACAAGCCCCUUUUGUCAUUAACGCCUGUGCCUGCGGAAAACAGGGACUGAGAUCAGAUGUAUGAACUGGGACAACGUGAAGCAACAGACAUGAGGUGUUACAGAGACUUGCUGUUUCAAGCAACUUUUUAUCGUUUAAAUAUGCCGUUCUCGACGGAGGCACCUGCUGGUAAGAACACUUUUGAUGUCAUAUCUCGAAAAAGGAACAUUCCUCAGUGCAGAGUAAUUGUAUUGUACAGUUUUUUUGAUGCCAUUUGUCUUUCCACAAUUUCUAAAUGAGGCUGAAAUAUCCCUUAAUUGUACAAAAUGUCGAUUGGUGUCAUUUUCAGGACCAGCAGUUAGCCUCUUUAUUAGCAGUACAGGACUUUAUUGAAUGUACAAAAGACAUAGAUAUCAUUGGCUAGGCUUCCUAUCAUCCAUUCCCCUCCAGGAUAAAAAAGGAGGGCAUGAAUAGUUUUUCUCCACCACGCUCAGCAACAACAGCUUAGACCUCUGUAGUAAUUCUGCUGGUUUUCUUAAGAAUUUUGUGUUCUAUCUUACUCUUUUACAUUUCCCCCCUUUUUUUUCCCCUUGGAAAUGACCAGAAGGUGAAUCGAUUGUACUGCAUCGAGCCUUAUUGAAUGACUCGCCCCGAUGAGUCUGUCUCCAUCACCCCCCCCUUCUGUCUUUUUAUAGCUAAGGAGAUUCGUUGUCAUCUCAACCUAUCAACACAUGCCCUCAAGCACCGCACGUUCCUUUGUUUGCCAUUUCCAAUGUAUACAUAUGAGCCGUGUUUUUGCUGAAAGUGAAGCGGUUCUGUCCGUUACUUUCUGCGUCCUUGGUCAGUUGUGUAUGAUUUUUUUCAGGGAUUGUUGUCGAGGAGGAGGGCUGUAGAUACUGGACGAAGGGGAGAGGGUCACAUUGGAAUCUGUUACAGAAAUCAAUUUCAGAGGAGAGGCGAGCCGCCUGGUGAUCUAAUGACAUCAAGCUCCUGGACUGAAACGUUUCUAUGGCUGUGAGACUUGGCGCCUUUAUCUUUUGUGGUGCAAAACACUUUAAAUAUUGGAUCUUCUUGUUUGGGGGGGAAAAUAUAAAUUAUCCAAAUUUCCCAGUCGAUUUAAGGCCUUAUGAUUUGUUUAAGGUAUUUCAACCCUGAAUGUCUUACAAGUGGAAAGAUGAACUGAUCCGCAUAGUGGCUUGGCAAAGCAAAUGUAGCAGAUUUACUGAAAUAGAUGGCAUGUAGAAGUAUGUUUCUCCUCAUCAGUGCUUUCCACCUGUGUUUAGAAGUUAGUUUCUAAUCCUUCACAGAGCUGUAGUUUCAAUGAAACUGUCGUAGCAUAAACCACAAUAUUUUGGGCAUUUAUUACCGGUAGCAUCACGUGGAAAAAGGUCCUAUGUGAAUAAUACUUAAGCAGGAUUGUGCAUCAGAUCUUCAAUACUGUCAUGUUUCCCAGUGUCAUUGAGCUGUGCUGUGUUCAAACGGUUACAUUUUACUUGUGCAAGGAGUUGGGGAAGACAAAAGGAUUGUUAGGUUGUUAGGUCAGAGUACUGCUGAGUACGGACACCAUCAUCAUCAGAAAAAACAUUCAUGCUCAACUCUCCUCUUAUUCCCACUUCUCUUUUGUUUUGUAUGUCCCUCCUCACUGCCAGUGGUGCUCUGUGGAUGUUGAUGGAAGUGUUUUACUUUUGGGUUGUUUUUUUUGUUGUUACAGGUACUCACUAGACUGAUGUGCAUUUAUACCUCAAUUUACACAGGUCAUGUCAGGCUUGGGUCAAAUGUAGAAUACUAAGUAUUAAAGUAAUAUUUUUAUUGUUCAUACUACAUCAUGCCACUGUGACAACACCUUAAUCAGUUGAGAUAUACUGGAAAUGGCUGGCUUAAAAUUGUGCAGACAGGUUUUGGUUUUUUUUAGCAACGUUUAUAUGUGAUUUUAGAUUCAAAAUGACACUCCACUCCGAUCAGACAAUGUGAUGAUGCGUGUAAAUAUUUUCAGUCAUGUUUUUUUCUUUUUUUUUUUCUUUUUGUAUUGGCAUGGACUUUAUCUCGAACUAUGUAUUUUCUUUACAGCCAAAUGCAUUCAAAAUGUUUUUCCAAGUCCAUGUUGUGAAUCAUGACUGACCGUUGGCAGUAAGACUGGCUGCUGUGCCUUAAACCUACAACUGAGGGACUAAUGUCCCUUUUUUAUAUAAAAACUUCUCAAUAGUCUGUGCAAUAUAUGCCUUAAACUUUAAAUGUGUGUUUUGUAUAAACAUUUCAAAGAAAUAAAAGUUCAG